GUCGAAUCUAAGCAAAAAGACAAGGCUGCAGAGCGUGCAAGCUAAAAUAAGCAAAAUUCAAGAAACUCAUAAGUAUCUCUCUACUCUACACUUCCGUCACUCGUAAUCAAUCGAAGACAGUACAAACUACAAAGUGAGAGAAAAAUUGUUAUUUUCUGACCUUCACUUUUUCCAAGAGAGCUCCUGAAAUAGAGAAGCAGCUCAUUUGAGCUACAGAUGCCGCCGACAAUGUGGAUGCUUAGCCUUUUGUGUUUCCAGUUCCUCCUCUUCUGCUCGCUUGGAUCUGCUGACUUCCCCACUAAAUGGCAGACGCUUAGCGGGAAGGCGCCUUUGGUUGUAGCAAGAGGUGGAUUUUCCGGAAUAUUUCCGGACUCUAGUUUGAAUGCAUAUUUUGCGGCAGUGCAGACUGGGUUGCAAGAUUUGGUUCUGUGGUGUGAUGUUCAACUCACAAAGGAUGGAAUUGGGAUUUGCUUUCCAGAUGUCAGGCUCGAAAAUGCUUCCGACAUUGAUCUUGUGUAUCCAAAGAGACGUAACACCUAUGUUCUCAACGGUGUCUCCACUCCAGGAUGGUUCUCUCUUGAUUUCAACCUUAAGGAUCUUGAACGCAUCAAUAUGAAACAAAGGAUAUAUUCCCGGGCUCCCAAUUUUGACAGUUCUCCAAAUCAAAUUCUUACUAUUGAAGACAUGGUUACACAGAUACGACCACCUGGAUUGUGGUUAAGUGUACCACAUGAUGCAUUCUUUAGCCAGCAUAAUCAGAGUAUGCGGAGCUUCAUUAUUUCUGUAUCUAAAAGGACCAUUGUUAGUUAUAUUUCAUCACCAGAGGUGGGCUUCUUGAAGAGUGUUGCAUCGAGAUUCAGAAGAGGCCCGACUAAGCUUGUGUUCCUGUUACUGGGUCCUGAUGAAGUUGAGCCUACAACGAACCAAACAUAUGGCGUACUUUUGGCAAAUCUUACAUUUAUUAAAACUUUUGCUGCAGGAAUUGUUAUUCCGAAAUCCUACAUAUUGCCAGUAGACAACAGCUUGUAUUUACAGGAUUCCACUACUAUUGUUCUUGAUGCUCAUGCUGCGGGUCUACAAGUUUUUGCGUCUAAUUUUGCAAAUGAUGCUAUUUUACCUUAUAACUACAGCUACGAUCCUGUGUCCGAGUAUCUCUCAUUCAUCGACAAUUCCAAAUUUUCUGUUGAUGGCGUGCUCUCUGACUUUCCGAUUACUGCAUCAGCAAGUGUAGAUUGCUAUGCCCACAUGAGCAAAAAUGACAAUGUGAAAGCAAAUGUUUUGGUUAUCUCAAACGAGGGGGCGAGUGGAGACUUUCCUGGUUGUACUGAUAGGGCAUAUCAGAAAGCUGUAUCGGAUGGUGUAGAUAUACUCGAUUGCCCCGUUCAAAUCACAAAUGAUGGAAUACUGUUUUGCUUGGGAUCCAUCAACCUCAGGGAUAGAACAACUGCGGCUCAAUCAGAUUACAUUGGCAGGGCAACAGAUAAUCCAGACCUUAGCAUAGAAAAGGGAAUUUUCGCCUAUAAUCUGACAUGGAGUGAAAUUCAGAGCUUGCGGCCUGCUAUCUCCAAUCCAUAUUCAAGAUUCUCAAUGUUUCGAAAUCCAAAAGCCAAAAAUGAUGGGAAAUUAAUGCAGUUGUCUGAUUUUCUGGCAUUUGCAAAUACAUCCUCUGUCAGUGGCGUCAUAAUCAGCAUUGAGAACGCUGCAUAUCUGGCUGAGAAACAAGGUUUAGGUGUGACCGACGUGGUUUUGGAUACUCUAAGCAAGGCGGGUUUUAAUAAUCAUACAGGCAAGAAGGUGAUGAUAAGAUCCAGUGACAGUGCCGUGCUGUCUAAGUUUAAGAGUCGCAGUAAAUACGAGCUUGUUUACCUGGUUGAUGAGGAUGUGCGUGAUAUCUUGAACUCAACGAUUCUAGAGAUAAAGAAGUUUGCGAGCUCUGUGGUCGUCUCCAAGAAAUCUGUCUUUCCCACUGAUGAUGCCUUUGUCACUCACGACACAAUCGUCGUUCCAAAGCUUCAAGCCUACAAUCUCUCCGUCUACGUGCAGUUUUUCCUGAAUGAGUUCGUGUCUCAACCAUGGGACUUCUUCUCCGAUCCAUAUGUGGAGAUUAACUCGCAUGUCUCUUAUUACGGGAUCAACGGUGUCAUAACGGACUUCCCUGCCACCGCUGCAAAAUACAAAAGAAAUCGGUGUUUGGCGUAUAAAAACAUGCCAUUGUACAUGUCUCCGGUGAUGCCCGGCAGUCUUAUUGCGAUCAUGGCAAAGCAAGAUUUGCCUCCGGCAGAGGCUCCAAACCCCGUACUUACAGCUGACAGUGUGGUCGAACCUCCUCUACCUCUGACUAGGCUCCCGAUCACAAGUGCUGGCGAUGGUUCGACUGCGCCAGGUCCGGUUCCACCAAAAGGGGGGCAGCCUACGCUUGCGGUAAGCACCAUGCUCUGUGCCAUUGCUCUUCUUCUUGCAGCUUCUGUGUUGUGCUAAUGUAGAUAGUUAUAAAUAUUUUUCCAACCAUUUCUUAAUGUUUAUAUUAUUUGUGUAACACUGCUGACAAUACGAGUUUAGAUUUUAAUAUUUUGAGAUGGAGGGAUUAUUUUCUUGUGGUUA